AUGCCUUCCCCUUUGACAUCCCAUGUUGUUAUCUUCCCUUUCAUGUCUCAAGGUCACACUCUUCCAUUACUAGACCUAUCUAAAGCUCUUUCACGUCAACAAAUCAAAGUGACCGUCAUCACCACCCCAUCAAAUGCUAAAUCAAUGGCCAAGCAUGUCACUGAUCACCCUCAUAUCCAUAUCAAUGAAAUUCCAUUCCCCGCAAUUGAUGGCCUCCCUAAAGGUUGUGAAAACACAUCUCAACUUCCUUCAAUGGAAUUUUUGCUUCCUUUUCUCCUUGCCACCAAACAACUCCAAAAGCCUUUUGAAGAGCUACUACAAGCCAUGAUAAAAUCCAACGCCACUCCUUUAUGUGUUAUUUCUGAUUUCUUUCUAGGCUUUACACUUGCUUCCUGUCAAGCAUUAGGUGUCCCAAGGCUAGUCUUUCAUGGCAUGAGUGUUUUGUCAAUGGCCAUUAGUAAAUCAUCUUGGGUACAUGCACCACAAAUAAAUUCACUGUCUAUGCUUGAUCCUGUUGACCUGCCUGGUAUGAAACUUCCUUUCACUUUGACUAAAGCAGACUUGCCUGCAGAAACAGUGACCUCGUCAAAUCAUGAUGACCCCAUGUCUCAAUUCAUAGGAGAGGUGGGUGAGGCUGAUGCAAACAGUUGGGGAAUCAUUGUUAAUAGCUUUGAAGAGUUAGAAAAGAAUCAUAUUCCAUCUUUUGAGUCCUUUUACAUGAACGGGGCUAAGGCUUGGUGUUUAGGCCCUUUAUUUAUGUACGAAAAAACGGAGGCUUCAGGUCUUGAAAAAUCCAUCAACCAAAACCCCUCCAUGUCAACACAAUGGCUCGAUGAGCAAAUCACACCAGAUUCUGUGAUCUAUGUUUCAUUUGGCACGCAAGCUGAUGUAUCAGAUUCUCAACUUGACGAGGUGGCCUUCGGCUUGGAGGAGUCAGGAUUUCCAUUCUUAUGGGUGGUACGUUCAAAGACAUGGUCUUUGCCUAGUGGCAUGGAGGAGAAAAUAGAAGGUAGAGGGUUGAUUGUGAAAGAAUGGGUUGAUCAACGUCAAAUACUAUCUCAUGGUGCAAUAGGUGGGUUCUUGAGUCAUUGUGGUUGGAAUUCAGUACUCGAGAGUGUAGCAGCUGGUGUGCCAAUCUUGGCUUGGCCCAUGAUGGCCGAACAACCUUUGAAUGCGAAGCUUAUAGUGGAUGGACUUGAAGCCGGGCUUAGUGUUGAAAGGGUGCAAAAUCAAGGCUCUGAAAUUGUUGUUUCAAGGCAAGCUGUAAGUGAAGGAGUGAAGGAGUUGAUGGGAGGACAAAAGGGAAGGAGUGCAAGGAAGAGAGCAGCCGCCUUAGGGAGGGUGUCUAGGAGGGCGGUGCAAAAAGGUGGGUCGUCUGAUCAUACCCUAAGCAAGCUCAUUGACCAACUUCGUGCAUGUUAA